AUGGAGGUCUCUCGAAACGCGUCCACGCACGCCUCGUCAUUGAUCGCUUCAAACACGCCGUCUAUCAGUGACAUGCGAAGGACAAGCGCUAAAUUUCAUUCCACAAUUGAAGAGUCAGCCCAUGUUCAGGAGCCCAAACUUCAAGGUAAAAGGCGAUCGGCGUCCGAACCAGUUAGCCCCAGAAGGUCUUUGGGAGGUAUCAAAAUCCCCACCAAUCGUUAUCGGGAUGGCUCAAUGACAGGUUUCCCAAAGAUUCUCUCGAGAUCCUGUACAAGCGACUGGUUGACGCCGCUCGGCCUAUCUAGCGAACCCAGUACGCCACAACAGAGAGAGAUUAUACCCGACCUUUACGCUCGUGGUGUAGACGCACAUUGCGGGGUUAAUGUUUCUAGGCCUCUAGAAAUACUCGAAGAAUCACCGCGUCAAACUCCAGUUCCGCCUACCGAUACCCCUUUUCAAGAAUCCAUGCUACAAUGGCCAGGGAAACUGGAUGAAAAGCCCGAGAAAUUUAGUAGGAAGACGGGACGUGCAAUCGGUGCAUCUUCACACCGCCGAAAGAGCAGCUUUGAGCCCCCUGGAUUUUGGGCCUCCAGUACGAGCCAUGAUCUUUUAGAUAAACUGCGCCGCUACAGUUUCAUGCCAUUGUUGGAUCAGACACCAGAGAGCUCUCGCAAGGUUCUGCCUCUUCCACGAGUGUGGGAUGAACUACCACCGCGAGAAGGAGGUAGGAGGCAGUCAUCCAAAGCGCUGCUACAAGAGAUGCUGAACGGUAAACCGGCUUCAAAACCGGCUUCAAACAAAUCGUCGCGGAAAUCGUCCCGGUCCGGGACCCGACGGCAGAGGAAGAAGACUGGUUCGUCGGCGACGCAGAAAAGGCAAAGUGUUGGGCGCGGUCGCGUGUCAUGCUCGGAAGAUCAGACACCGCAUAUAUGUAUGGACGAACAGCUGACACCCUUUUCAGGGUCGGAAACAGCAUGGUUCGAGUGA